GCGUCGGGACGCUGGGAUGCGGAAGUGCCGGCUGCGGCGGGGGAACUCGGUUGCCCGGCGGUUGCCACCAUGGCAGCGGCUGGGGGGUCGGGGAGCAGCGGCGGCGGGAGCCCGGUGGCCGCAGGAGGUAACAGACGGUUGAAAGUACAUCAGCUUAGCUGUCUUGGUGGUUCAGAAUGCCUCCCUCAUCCUCAGUAUCCGCUAUGUGCGCACGCUGCCUGGGGACCGCUUCUUUGCCACUUCCGCUGUGGUUAUGGCUGAAAUCCUUAAGGGAGUCACCUGCCUGCUGCUCAUCUUCAUUCAGAAAAAAGGUAACCUGAAACAGUUUGCUGCUUCCUUGUAUGACUCGAUUGUGGUGCAGUAUAUGGACACACUCAAACUCGCAGUGCCUUCUCUCAUUUACACCCUCCAAAACAACCUCCAGUAUGUGGCCAUCUCCAACCUGCCUGCAGCCACCUUCCAGGUCACCUACCAACUGAAGAUCCUCACCACAGCUGUCUUCUCUGUGCUGAUGCUCCGCAAGAGCCUGUCCCGUCUCCAGUGGCUGUCCCUUGUGCUCCUUUUUGUCGGUGUGGCCAUUGUCCAAGUGGAGCAGCAGCAGGCAGGGGGCAGAUCACCCCCUGGAGGCCAGGGAAUGCAACAGAACUACAUGGUGGGGCUUGUGGCCGUGGUGGUAUCAUGCCUGUCAUCUGGCUUUGCCGGAGUCUAUUUUGAAAAGAUCCUCAAGGGCAGCGCAGCCUCCGUCUGGCUACGUAACGUCCAACUAGGCAUCUUCGGAACCUUGCUGGGGCUGUUGGGGCUGUGGUCCACGGAGGGGGCAGCCGUGGCUGAGCGUGGAUUCUUCUUUGGCUACACCCCGCUUGUGUGGGGAGUGAUCCUGAACCAAGCUUUUGGCGGCCUGCUGGUGGCUGUGGUGGUGAAAUAUGCUGACAACAUCCUCAAGGGCUUUGCCACCUCCUUCUCCAUCGUAGUGUCCACUGUGGCUUCCAUCUACCUCUUUGACUUCCACCUCAACCUGCUCUUUGCUCUAGGAGCAGGGCUGGUCAUAGGGGCUGUCUAUCUAUACAGCUUGCCCAAGGGACCUUUGGCCAGCCGCUCCUUAGCGGGGACAGCUACAGAGCAUCAGGGCCACGCAGCACAGAGCAAGGAACUUCCUUCUGUGACUACAGAUGGCUUCCUGUCCAAGUCAGUGUUGGUCAAUUGAGAAGAAAAGAUCACAUCCUCCAUACCUGUUUUUGGUUUCUUGUGAAGUUUCCACAACACUUGUCCUCCCCCUUCAAUUUAAAUCUAUCCCGCCUCUGAUUCUCUCCUGCCUCGUGCUCAUCUCUUCUUCUGCCCCCCCUAACUUUGUGCUGACCACUCACCCACUCUCUUCCACGCCGCCCCCAUCCCACUUCUUCCAUUGCCAACUCAACUUCUCCAGCUUCUCCCUGACUCUUAAAUGUUCUGUCUGUUUCUCCACUAUCCCUGUCUAGGGACAAUCCCUGCCCCACCAACAGAAGCAGCUGAAGGGCAAAAGCUGCUUUGGAAUCACCUGGGUCCUUUGCCUUGAGACCCACAAAACUCCCUCUUGUUUGGUCAGCAGGGAGCAAAUUCACAAAGAGGUGUAUUUUUGUAUGAACACUCUGAAUGAAGGAUCCCAUACAGCCACUGAAGGGGAUGUGUAUGUUGCUGUGGAGAUCACGUGCUGUGCAUAAGCAGAGAAGGGUGGAAGGAGACCUCAUCUGCCAUUGUGGAGCAUACAAAUGUUCUGGGUUAUUUUGGGUUUUUAAAAACGCCACCUUUGAAGUGGUAGGAUUUUGCUUGCUUACCACUGGCCACUGGGAAUCUGUUAAGUUAAUCUACUGUAGUAGAUGAAAAUUAAAUGAGAAGCGUUCUGAGUGUGUGUGCUUGUGGGAGGGUGAGAGUGGCAGAACUUGUAUGUUUGUGAAGUGAGAAAAAUUGAGAGGAGAGGAGAACUGGAUAGGAAGUUGGUAGUGAGGGAGGGGGCUGCUAGAAGCCCUGGUUCUCUUCUUUCUGUAGCUCUGGGUGGAUAGUUGGAACUACUGGAUCAUAGCAGGAUUGGAGCUGGGUUCUAGGCAACCUUAAUUAUUUCCUGCCCUCAGCAUGUAUUUAGUGUCUAUAGUCUUUGAGGAUCACUGGGUAAAUGGAGGGGGAGCAUGAAUCACUAGUUACUAAUGAAGAUUUUCCUGUGGAAGACACUGCAGAACCAAACUGCAAUCUGCUUGUGUCAUUUAAUGCUUGAAGUAGCAGCAGUUGUGGGGGGUGAUGGGACAGGGAUGUCCCUUGUUGACAGUGCACAGAGGACUGACUUGCACAGAUGGGAGGUGGGAAAUCUUCAUCAACACUUGCCUUAUGCUGUGGCUCAAUGGAGGUACCUGGGAACCCAAGACUUGAACGCCAGAUACUCUGGAAUCCAAUGGCUGCCACUAGGGGUGGGGCAGAAAGCUGAAAAUCGGCACCAUUCAGAUUCUUUCAUACCCUUCAGCGUAGAACAUUGGGUGGGUCUAAAUUGCAACCAGGAUUCCUCGCUAGCUCGGCAGCCUGCACAGUGUAAGGCCCACUGACUGUAGUGCAGCCAUGCAUUUGAGGGCUGCUAGUUUUUCGGUUCCAGGCAAGCAGCCAAAGCAGGUCGCAGAUCCCCUCAUGAGCUGCCAUACAUGAUUGGUGGGCUGUGCUCAGCUUGGUGGAUCACCGAGUUGUGCAAACUGGAGCCUGAAGGGUUAAGCCAUGGAGGAGCGGGGGGGGGCACUGGGGGACUCGGGUGGUGGCAGCCGUGUCCAUUUUGGUGCCUCACUUUCCCCAGCUCUGCUCAUGGAGGGUUGGUGGGAGAGCAGCUGCCUUUAUAAGAAUCCUUACGCAUUCUGUUCCUGCUGGAGCGAUGUUUUGUGGGGGUCACUAAACCUAGAAAGGGUUUUUUGGCAUCAGGCGUAUCAGUCAGGUUUUGUGUUGGGGUGGGAAGAUAAUCAAAAGUAACAUGGUAUGUGUGUAUAUAUAUAUAUAAGGUUUUUAGAUUGCUGAUCAUUUUCUAUGAAUCCUGCUUUUUUUACAGAAAAAAAGCCUGUACCGUUUGCCAAUGUACAUGAACCACAGAUGAAUAAAGAGAGUGUAUUUAUUUA